GUCGUUUCCCAGAUCUAGGACACGGAUCUCGCGUGCGCAGCCGUCCGCGGUGAUAUAAAAAAAAAAAAGUAUCCGGCAGAAGAAGAAGAAGACAAAAACACAAACAGCGAGGAGCCCGGCCGGAGGAUAACGCGGAGUAUACAGUGAGGACCGCGGCGGGGAGCGAGUGCUACAGUGGACGAUCGGAGGAAGAGGAGGAGGAGGAGGAGGGGGAUCCGAGCACACAAAGUGCUGACCUGUCUCUCGGAUGCACGUUAGAAGACAAUCAGAGGAGCACGGCCGGCGCAGAACGUCCAAUGGAUGUACCUGAAGACGCAGCAGCCUCCUUUUUCUUCAUCCUCCCCAGCCGGCUGCACCGUUUCCCCGCAGGGCGCACAGCCUCUAUGAGCAUGGAUGCGCGUUAACGCCACCCGCCCAACUCCCAGCAACACUAUGGUUAAAGUGUAUGCACAGAUCCAUCUCUGUAACAUUAUCCGUCUACCCAUCCAUCGCUCAUCCUCCUCAGGAAGUCAGCCGUCAAAACAAGAAAGUGUCCCACUCUCGGCGCUGCGGGGCCCGUCGAUAUUUGUGAAGAGACACUGAGAGGAAAGUUGUCGAUAGCGUCCCUCCCUGUCAUCCACAACCCUGGAGGAGAACUGUGCCGGUUAUAUGCAGCAGUAUGGCGGUGAGGAUGCCCACCGUUUCCUCAUGAUCACCGCUCCAUGCGCUUCACUUCUCCGUUGAGCUCCGAUCCCCGAUCCAAACACCCCACCAACCCCCCUCCUCCACCACCACCAGCCUGCCAUGCUCCUCCAGGCCGUGUUUCUGCUGCUGCUGCACUGCUUGGCCUCCACGCUGGGCCAGUACGAACUGUGCAAGUCCCUGGUGAGCACGGAUGAGGGCUCGAUGUGGGAGCAUUACGCGUGCCAGCCCAAAGCCAUGUCCAUGAAAGACUAUAUGCGGAUCAAGGUGGAUCCGCCUGGGAUCACAUGUGGGAACCCGCCUGAGAGGUUCUGCACGCUGGAGAACCCAUACCUCUGCAGUGACGAGUGCGAUGCCUCUAAUCCAGACUUGGCCCACCCUCCUCAGCUGAUGCAGGACCGUGAACGAAACGGCCUCCUCACCUACUGGCAGACGGUCACAUGGAGACGCCACCCGGAGCCCCUGCUGGCCAACAUCACCUUGUCCUGGAACAAAAGUCUGGAGCUCACGGAUGACAUCCAGAUCACGUUUGAGUACGGCCGGCCCACUAUCAUGAUCAUGGAUAAGUCCAUGGACCACGGACGCUCUUGGCAGCCCUACCAGUACUAUGCCGACGACUGCAUAGACGCCUUCAACUUGCCUCCGAAGCGUGUGCGCGACCUCUCGCCCGCUAACAUCACGCGGGUCAUCUGCACCGAGCAGUACUCGCGUUGGGUCGGCUCCAAGAAUGAAAAGAACGUGAAGUUCGAGGUGCGGGCGCGCUUUGCUGUGUUUGCAGGACAGCGGCUACAGAACAUGGACAACUUGUACACUCGCAUGGAAAGUAUGAAGGGAUUGAGGGACUUCUUCACCUUCACCAACCUUAGGUUGAGGCUUCUCAGGCCCGCCCUCGGAGGCACCUACGUCCAGAGAGACAACCUGCUCAAGUACUUCUAUGCCAUCUCCAACAUCGAGGUACCUGCCAGGUGUAAGUGUAACCUCCACGCCUCCCAGUGCCUGCUGCAGGAUGGGAACCUCCAGUGCCAGUGUGAACACAACACCACCGGCCAGGACUGCCAGCGCUGCAAGAAGGGCUUCAAAGCAAAGUCCUGGAAGGCCGGUUCCUACCUGCCCACACCCAACGGAACCCCCAACACCUGUACGAUUGCUGGUUCACCCUCCGGUUCCAACUGUGAGUGCUACGGCCACUCCAACCGCUGCAGCUACAUCGACUACCUGAACAUCGUCACGUGUGUCAGCUGCAAGCACAACACCAGGGGCCAGAACUGCCAACACUGCAGGCUGGGAUACUUCCGCAACGCCUCUGCCGAGCUGGAUGAUGAGAGCGUCUGCAUCGAGUGCAACUGCAACCAGAUGGGUUCUGUCCACGAUCGGUGUAACGGCACGGGCUUCUGUCAAUGUAAAGAGGGCGCCACAGGGGCCAAAUGUGACGACUGUCUGCCAGGAUACCACUGGAAACAAGGCUGUAACACUAACGUCUGCGAUGAGGAGAUGCUCCUGUGCCAGAAUGGAGGAACGUGCAACCAGAACCAGAAGUGCAUCUGUCCUCCAGAGUUCAAGGGGGUACUGUGCCAACAGCCCCGCUGCGAGGCGGGCAAGGACUGCAACGCCGCCUCUUCCCUGCACCCUACCACGGCCACCCUGCUGCUCUGCACUCUGCUAGCCCACCUGCUGGCCACGUUAACGCCCCACUGAGCCACAAAAAAAUCUAAAAUCAAAUCCCCCUCAGACAAGGGAGCGUGCGUUUAUGUAUGUGUACGUGAGCGGGAUGGGGUCACCCGCCCCAAGUCAUGGACCCGACGAACAGACACUGCAGCACACGCUACGCUAACAACAAAAAAAAGAAGAAGAAGCAAAUGCACUCACACUAACUAGCCCCAAACACACAAACACACACCUCACAGGACUGUUACAAAACCAAGUGUGUGCUCAGGUGCAAGAAGGACAAACUGAACAAAAAAAGGAGCGACCUCAGAGAAAAAAGAGAAGCAGGUGAAAGGGAAAAAAUCAUACCAACCACUGUUCCCUUUAUUCCUGAGCUGGAGCAAUGUGCAUCAAACCAAAAAGCAUAAAGAAAACACUUAAAUCACCACUGUUUCACUUCAAAGGGAAUGGCUGUUGUUAACCACGAGGACCUUUAUUCUUUUCGUUUCUUUUUCUUGGUUAAGUUACGGAUCUCGCCUCCUUUGAAAACAGACACGUGUAUGGACGGUUAAAGACGCGGGGGACGGGUCGGGAGGCGAGCUUUCUGAUCCUGCUGCUGAGGCCUACAUAGUAUAAUAACCAGGUUUCAUUUCCUCUCAAAGAUGAGACUUGAUUUUACAUUUAUUCUAUUUCUGCUGCAUUUUUUUUAAUUCUAUCUUCAGUCAUUGUAUCUAAUGUGCCCACUAACAGUCGCAGAGAUUAUACUUAUUCUAUAAUAUCCAGGGGGUUUGCAGAUUAUAAAAAAUUAGUCACUAUUAUGGUUGUAAUAGGAAUGAGUGAUUGUUGCCACACUUAGCGAGAUUUAAUCUUCACACAGUAUUCAGGAAGCAGAAUUUAUCAGAAUUUAACUUAUCAGAAGUCUAAAAGAGAGAGAAAAGAUAUCAUCCACGUAUCAAUAUUAUAUGACAUUAUUUGAAUAUUUUUUGUAGAAAUUAUUUUUGUUUGGAGUUACAAUAAAUUAUAAAAAAAAUGACAUUUACAACUAUUCCAAAUGAGCAUUUUAUUACACUGAGUGUAAACCUUGCAGUAAAUAUGACUGUUAUUUGCCUUCUUGCUUGUACUUUUUUUCAUUGAAAUGUUCAUGCUGUUCGAGUCUUCUUUCUACAGCGGGCUGGAGAAAAGAAAGAGUAAGCCGAGGCGAGAAAAGUCCAAGUCCUUCAUUCCAUCUAUGCCCUUGUUUUGGACGAUUCCGGUUUGA